GGCUUUGCAAAAGUGUAUCCAAGGAGGAGGUUGUCUGCCUAGCAACCAUUUCCAAAAGCAAACAGGUGAGCUUGGUCCGGUUUGCACCUGGGUUGGAAGAGGCAAAGGCUUCCAUGGUACGGAGAUGGAAAGUCCAAACCAGAGAGGCCAGAGGAAGGAAAAUAUCCCACCGUCUCCCUUAAACGGCUACCUGAGGCCAGAGCAAAGGAACAUCCAGAAGAACGUCACAGGGAAUCUCUAUCUCUCUUUCGGAAGUCGUGUCGGGGUAUCGCAUCCUCACAAUGGCUCAGCGAAGCCUGGAUCAAACCAUAGGAGAGCAUCCGCCAAAGGAAUGCCAUGGACUACAUCAGUAGGAAGCAGGACAGACGAACCACGUCCGGUUCAGACCAACCUUUCUUGUCCCUACUGGCCAGCGACCACCGUUGACUCUGCGUCCCACAAGCAAAGCAACCUCGAGUCCAAAUUUCAGAGGUUUGGAUUUGAAAACAGAGCGGAGGCCAGCAACCUUCAUCCUCUUCUGCCUGGCUGCAUCUCUCGCUUGGACCAGCUUGGUUUGCGGAGGAGCUCCACAAAGACCCUGCCUCAACAAAACCAUGAAGGUCCACCUGCUGCUCAUAAUGCUAUCUCCAAAGUCAGGAUGGACACUGAGGACCAUCAGGUGGCAAAACAGCCUCUAAGUCAUUUCUCCAACCAAAGAAGCAACAGGAAUCUUGAAAGCCACAGAGAUGCCCUCUCCUCCUCCAGAUUGUUGGAGAGACCAUCUCAGGGUUCCCUUCUCCAUAGCUCUUGUCCUUCCUCUUCAAGCUCUGAUGGUAGCAUUGAUUUCUCUACUCAGGAUCAUCUGAAGACCUCUGAGCUGGUGGAGGACCGUCCUCCAUCCGCCACGCUCCAGGCCAUUUUACGGUCUUCUCAAAGGUCAGCGGACCUCCAUUGCUCCAUCCGGCGGUUCCAGGAAGAAAUUGAGAUGGGAGCCUUAGGGUCUUUCCCUUGGGACUCCAAAUAUUCCUCUCUCCCUCGCCAGUCCUGCUCCAGUCCCCCACUAAGCAUCACCGAACGGCUCACUGCGGACCAGAACUAUGCUAGGCAAGCUGGGGAGAGAUGGGGUGCCUCUUUCAGUAGAGAUUGGGGCAGUCUUGGCUCUGUGGCAGGUGCUUUUGGAGAAGAUGAACCUUUUCCCCUUACCUCCAGGUACAAAACUGCUGGGCUGCAUGCCCCUGCGAUGGAGACUCUGGACCAUGCUUGGCCAACGGGUUUCUCCAGCCCAACCUCACACUCGGUUCUAGGCAAAGAGGUCUCUUUUUCAUCCUUCCAACCAUGCUUAGUAGAGCAGCAAGUUCUGGAAGAGACGGUCAGUUGCAGCUGGUCAAAAACUGACCACCAGCAGCAGAAACGUGGACCGGAAGAACCUUCUUCGGAUGUGUCCCAUUGCUGUGAGUUGGGUCAAAAGGACCUUCCCUUGGGUCUUCUCUCCACUGGUGGCUUGGAGGUCUCCUCAGACACGUCGCAUGUCAAUUUCCCAAGGAACAUGGGAGUGUCCAUCUACGAUACCCAAAGGGAUUGGACUUCUUGGUCUCCUGGAGGUCCGGAGGUUGUUCCAGUCCACCAGUUUGGAAAUGGUUCCAAAGACCUUGACUCACACGAACCAGGAGAGAGUGGUGGGACUCCAUCAGUUGUAAACUCCGUGGAUGAGGGUAGUUCAUUUUUGCCCCAGUGGAAGCUCAAUGUGUUCGGAGCAAAUGCCAAAAAAGACCUUGAGGAACAUUCUCAAACUUCUGACGGCACACAAGUGGUCGACGCGAAAACUCUUGCGGUGGGGAGUUCCAGGGGUCCAUCAGAUUCUUUCGGUGGCAGUGGUUGGCCCAACAUGGGAAGCGGUCAAAGAGAGGAGUCUUUUGUAGAAAAGGCAAAAGAGAGGAUGGAGCUGCCAUCCGGCAAUUGGAGAGAUUUUGCGAUAGACGCCACACGAAGGAAGGACCUGGAAAGAGACAACAGAUCGACGGAGAAGAAGAGAAACAGGCCUCUGCCCCUAAGGAGGGACCCUCUUCUGGCGAAAUCUUUUGUGGCCUGGCGCGACCAUGUCUUUGAGAGGAAAGCCACUGCUCGGGCGUUGUAUGAGCGCCAGCUGAAGCGCAAAGGACUGGCCGCCCUGCAAUGGGCAGUGCAGCUGAGGAACGCCCAAGUGGGCAUCGCCCAGAGGAACCACACUUUGGCUGUACUGACCGCCAGCUUCCGCAGGUGGCAGGAUGUGACGGCGAAACAGCAAGAGGCGCGGACAUCCCGGCACAUGGAGCCUGAGAGAUGUGGCCAAGGUCUGCUUCGUUCAGCACUGGGAAGGCCACUUUUGGUCACUCGACACCCCAUUUUGUCCCAGCUGUCUUCGGAGCACCAGGAAGAAGCCACUCGGUACAGCAGGGCGGAGGGGAGCUUAUGGAUGCAACUUCGACAUGUGCAGGGAACAGACGAGUUGUGCAGGAAGGCUGACGCACUGCGAGACGUGAGGCGUCUGGCUGCAGCUUUCAGACUGUGGCGCCUUCAGAAGGAGCGCAUGGAGAGAGAGGAUGCUUAUGCCCAAGAGGUCCGUGUCAUUUUGGAGAAGAAGAAGCUGGCAAACGUGUUCCAGACCUGGCGUUCUCGCUAUCGGGCGAGCAAACAGACCUGGCCGCUUGCGGCUCGCAUCCGGAGAGGACUGAUCCGCCAGUGCUUUGAUGCUUGGAGGCGCUUUGCCCGACGGGAGGCCUUCAGCCGUCUGGGCCUGGAGGGCCUACGCAUCCAAUCUUUGCGGCGGUGCUUCCAGCAUUGGGCCCGGAUGGUGGAAGUCAAGGAACGGGCCCGGCGAGCACUGCUUGGACUUCUGGCCUCGAAGCAGAGGAAGUCCUACGCAUCCAGGUUAGGCUUUGGUCGAGACGCUUGCAUGGCUCAGCCAUGUUUGGACGUCACAAGAUGGUCCCAAAGGAAUGGAGGGGACAGUCUAGAUGACCUUCUCCAUGCCGUGACAUUGCAAGGGGCCUUUCAGACCUGGAGGAAAAGAUGGCACGAGUCCCAGCUGGCCACGGUGUUUUCUCGAGCGUCGGCACAACGUCAAAUGAGGAAGGUCCUGGGCUGGUGGUGGUGGAGGACCCUCUCUCCAAACCCCCUCGGGGUCCAACCCAGCCGCUACGCAGAGGACCCUCUCCUUGCGUCGCCCAACUCAGAGGAGUCUUCGCUAUCCUCCGGCUUCCAUAGCGGAGGGCCUGCCUUGUCCACUCCCAGCGGAUCUCUGCAAAAGGAGAGCAGCUUGGAAAACAGCAGCAGUCGUACCAGCGUCUCUUCGUGGGCUGCGGCGGAAGAUGUGGGGCUCCUUCCCUGUCACGAUUCUUCAUUGCCAGAAGAUCUUAUAAACGUUGCCCUUGAAUUGCCGCCUCGAACCCCUCCUGCGUUGUAUAGCUACCACGUGGGAGAGAAUCAUUUCCAAGGCAAGAGAUUCCCAAACCCAGGCGGCAACGACGAGAGCAAACCGAUCCUUGCUCGCUCGGUGCAAAAAGGCGCACAACCUGAUGACCAUGCGGCAGAGGUCCAGCAUCGGAGGAGAGUCCUAGCAAGGUACUUUGGACUUUGGUCAGCAUCGACUCAUCGAAACCAGAAGGCCUCCCAACACCAGAGACAUGUCCUUCUCUCUCGGGCUUUCCAUCACUGGGUCACCGCUGCAUCCCACAGUUCUGCGCAGCGUGAAGCCCUGGCCCGGUUUGAGGGUGCAAGGCAGCAACGUCUUCUGGAGGCCUACUUCGGGAAGUGGAAAACAGAAUUCGUAAGAGCCAGCCAGCAAAGAUGGAGCGAGGAAAGCCCCCCAGGGAGACCUGAAAUGGGAUACAGAGUUCUGCGGCGCUGGAGGAAAGCAACCAGGGGGUACCGUGCCUUGCGUUUAAGCUCCGUGAACCAGGCCGGCAACUACUGGACCAGGGCUGCUGCCUUCCGCCAGUGCCGCCGCCAGAGGAGUAGUCUUAUCGGACCCCAGAAGUUCACAAAAUUGUUCCCCAUUUGUCCAGGCAGGCACCGGAAAAAGGACGUCCGUAUCCAACCCAGCCUAACAUUCAGCUCUUUCCAUGUUUCGCUGGUGACGUACAGAAGCCAAAGCAGGACGCUGUGGGUGAAGGUGCCUCCAGAAGGUCUGGAUGUAAAAGGACAGAGAUCUGGAUGCACUUGGAUUCAGGAGAGUGACACCGAAGCCGAUUCAGCUGCGGAAGAGAGACAAUGGCUGGGGAGGAAAUAUCUGAGCGUGUGGCGACACAAUGUCCUCCUGCGCCGUUUCCAGGACGCCAGGGACAGCCGGCGCCUGGUGAAAUCAUGGAUGCUGUGGAAGGAUGCCUGCAGGACCAACCUCCUGGGAAAAGCCUUGGCGCGACAGAGGUUGGCCGAAUGGAGCUGGAAAACGUGGCGUUGGCGGUUCCUCCAGAGCUGGAUAGCGGAGCAUUUCCUGGCAAAUGACAACAGGCGCUUGCUCCAGAAGGCGUUUGGAAGGUGGAAGCAGCUGGCAGCUGCAACUCGCAUGGAGAACAAGAUCAGUUUCUAGCAGGCUGGGAAAAAAUUACAUACAAGAGAGACAACGUCUAUCCAGUCAUUCUCUAUCCAGUAAUUCACAGAAACUGAACUUUAUCCAAACCGUUGGAAGACUGAAACAAGAAUGCAAAGCAAAUCAAUACCGACUGAAGAUCUGAAAGGCUGGUAUCACCUCUCAAAACAGUCCUUUGAAAAUUUAGGGUAAGAGUCUCAAUUUGCACUUUACUGGAUCCUACGGUAUUUCCGUCCCACUUCCAAAGCUUUGUAAUCAUUCUUAAAAAUCUUUAUUACUUUUUUGGAUACUAAAUUCAAUUACGGGAAUCCCAAACAGGAAGGGGAGACAAGGACCGGACCUCACUAUUUGUGGUUUUUGCAAUUUCAGAUCCCCUGUCCUUGCUAGAUUUCUACACUUUGGUUCCUUUUAAUGCUACAGGGGCUGUUUCUUUGGAAAUCUUACUUGAAGCAGACUCUUGUCUCCUUCCUCCCCGGAGGGUCCCUUGUCGGCCGAUCAGCCCUUGCAGAUUUGGCCAUGGCUAUUAAAGUCGGACUGAGAGCUAGGGUUGGAAAUAAAAUAAAAUCAAUCUCACUUCGAAGCGCCUUUUCUCGACGCACCCCUGCCUGCAGGACAGGUUGCCCCUUUUAUCUCUUUGGCCUUUGUUUGAGUCCAUCUGGAAGGAUGCGUUUUUGACAGGGCCUCCGCAGCUGGAAAUGCACCCCCUGCCCGCGCCGGAGUCCAUCGGCUCUUCAUUAAAAUGCCGGGUUGGCAAGGGCUGACCUCUUUCUCCUUUCCGCUUUCCCCCCAAGUUCCUUUUUUCUGAUGAUUAGGCCAAUGAUGAAGGAGCCUGCUGGGAACAGCUGAGUUCUCCACCUGCCUUCUUCCAGAGCUUCCCCUCAGAUUUCUUCCAUCCCGACUCAUUAGCUCUCGCUAUAACCGAUCAGCCGGGAUUAACCUCUCCUUAGCCAUCACCUCCUGCGCUUUCGGGAAGCCAAGGCAAUAACAAAAGCAAGAUGGGAAAACCUUACAGACGCCUAUGAGUUGCAAGAUUUCCAACGUUACUUUAAAAAAACUAACUGUGCUUUGAGCAUAAGCGUAAAUCUACCACAAAGCGGCAAGACAGGCGUUGGGUUAAGAGCAGGGCUUUCCAACUUUUUUGGCUUGCGGAUCAAUUUCUAUGGCGGAGCCCCAAAGAGGCCUACCUUGACAUGUUUCAAGUUAAUGGUGUUUAGGAGUAGUGUUGCUUUUUCUUAUUCUUUAACUUCAUUCCGUUUUUAUUUCUUUCGUUUUCUUGGAGCGCCACCGCUGUGUUGGAGGGUACAACCAUUUCAUAUUUGGACUGGUGUCACCCCAUUAUGGCAAUUCAUGUUGUCACCCCUAGGCAGGCAGGAGCUGCCAGCAGAGGUUGGGAUCCGGCCUUGGUUGGACCCCUCUGCCCACGGAGCAAAGCCAGGGGAAGAGGAGGGGUCCAUGGCCACCGAUGGUGGCUACAUCGCCGUUUCCCUGUGCCCUGCUUUCAUACUAACAUAAUACCAAGUGCCAACAGUGUAGUAGCUGGAGGGACAAGCAGUAUCCAAUAACAGCCCAGGAUCAAAAACUGUAAAUCCAAGCCAAGUCCAGGAGUAAUGAGAUAAUGUGUCUGGAGUCAUAAAUCACAGUCAGACCUUGCAGUAGAUGCCGACUGAGAGAGUAACCCAACAGAAAGGGGAAACCCCUUUGACUAAUCAUAGAAUCUUAGAAUUGGAAGUGACCCCAAGGGCCAUCCAGUCCAACCCCAUUCUGCCAUGCAGGAACUCACAAUCAAAGCAUCCCUGACAGAUGGCCAUCCAGCCUCUGAUUAAAGACCUCCAAAGAAGGAGACUCCACCACGCACUGAGACUGAGUUUGUGCCAAAUGCCAAAGCCUUCGCCCUUCCAGAGGACUUGGAGCUAUCUCUCCUGCCUCUGCCUGAGAUGGCUAUAGUGAUGUGGUAUGGCUGUUUCGUUUUCAGAAGCUAAACUCUCAAGGGAGGGUAUGACACCCGGCUCAGAGCCCUGCCAAACCCUGAAGUGCCCCACUCCCAGAAACGGCCGCAGCGGGUAGAUGGCAGAGGUGCCCUGGUUGGAAGAGUGGGGUGGUCAGUGGGUCGUGGGAUGGAAAGUGAAUGACCGCCCCACCAGGUGCUCACCCCCUAAGUGAUGCUCCCUACAACAAGGUAAACACUCUCACACCACUCCCUCCCC